GUUUAGAGUGGGUUCAAGCACGCGUUAUGGGUGCGUUACAGGGAGAGGGGAUAUUCAAAAUAUUCCAAAUUUGCGUUACCUACUUUAUAGACGUCUCCUUAUUACAUCCGAUGAAGUCUAAUUUUUUUCAUUAAAUACAAAAAAAGUGAAAAAUUAUUACGUUCAAAACAUUUCUGAAGAAAUUGACCUGCGGUUUAUGACAGUCACAUCUCGCAUUGCAGAGUGCAGGACAAAUUACGGAUAAAUUAUUAACCAGUUAUCAAAGGGAUUAAUGUUUCACUUCAGUUUAACUGAUCUGUCAAUCGCCAUCUGCGGAUACGUCCCAGUCGAAUUUGAAUCUCACUCCUUACCAUACAAAGAUGCUCGAGCAUCGCAUUCUCUCUACCUAUAUUAUCGUGCACCAAGUGUCUUGGUUGAAAAAUUGCCUAAGUUUUCGAUAAAGCUCACUUAACUUGCCGUCCGACCGCUUCACCUCUGCUCCACAGCGAUUAUUGGCUCGUGAGAAGCAAGUGGAUUGACGCACGUUCUUAGAAGGGAAUAUCAGUGGAAGACAAUGUUGAGCUAUUCAUAAUAAAAAAAAAAACUUCAACUGUCCACAAUUGGGAAUCCUAAUGCUGUGGAGAACAAUCAGAAUAAUUCAACACUCCAAGCGAAAUAUGUCUACAGGAAAAUACCUCAUUGAUAAUCCUAAAUAUUCAUUCCUUAAAGACUUAGGAUUGAAGAGAACGAAUGCUGGUGUAUACAAUGGAUUGUGGGAGGCAAACGGAGAGAUAAUAACAUCUCUAUGCCCUGCUACUGGUGAACCAAUAGCAGAAAUACAACAAGGUACCCUUCAAGAUUAUGAAAAAUGUAUUCAAGAAGCACAGAAGGCAUGGCAUAUAUGGGCUGACAUUCCAGCACCACGGCGUGGAAGCAUUGUACGAGAAAUUGGAGAAGCCCUUCGUUGUAAUCUGAACUCCCUUGGCAAAUUAGUAUCAUGUGAAAUGGGGAAAAUCCUACCAGAAGGUAUUGGAGAAGUGCAAGAAUAUAUUGACAUUUGUGAUUAUGCUGUUGGACUUUCUCGAAGUUUUGCAGGCCAAAUAAUUCCAUCAGAAAGGCCAGGACAUGUAUUACUGGAGCAAUGGAACCCCCUUGGUAUUGUUGGAGUUAUUUCGGCUUUCAAUUUCCCAAUUGCUGUUUAUGGAUGGAACUCGGCUAUUGCAAUGGUGUGUGGCAAUACUCUCCUGUGGAAAGGAGCUCCUUCAACAUCUCUUGUGUCAGUAGCUACAACAAAGAUAAUUUCUGAAGUUUUAGAACGCAAUAAAUUGCCUGGCGCAAUCUGUGCUUUAUGCAGUGGCGGAAGUGAUAUUGGACAAGCUAUGGCUAAGGAUACCCGAAUACCACUCUUAUCUUUCACUGGAAGUACAGAAAUUGGACAUAAGGUUGGUGUUCAAGUUCAAGACCGAUUUGGUAAACAACUCCUUGAAUUGGGAGGGAAUAAUGCAAUUAUUGUGUCAGAUGAUGCAGAUUUAGAUAUGGUUGUAAGAUCAGCAGUGUUUGCUUGUGUUGGUACAGCCGGUCAGCGUUGCACAACAACAAGACGACUGAUUUUACAUGAAAAGGUGUAUGAUACGGUAUUAGAAAGACUGAAAAAAGCUUAUGCUCAAGUACUAACUCGCCUGGGAGAUCCUCUUGAGAGUGAAACACUCUAUGGGCCUCUGCAUAGUGAAGCUGCCGUCCAAUCAUAUGUAGCUGCUGUACUGGCAGCUGUAAAAGCAGGAGGAAAAGUUGAAUUUGGAGGAGAGGUCAUUCAAAAACCUGGAUUCUAUGUAGAACCAACAAUUAUAUCGGGUUUAAAGCAUAAUGAGAGCGUUGUUCACACAGAAACAUUUGCUCCAAUUGUAUAUGUGUUGAAAAUGAAGAAUUUAGAAGAAGGAAUUGCUUGGAACAAUGAAGUAAAGCAGGGCUUAUCAUCUAGCAUAUUUACCCAAGAUUUAGGUUCUGUUUUCAAGUGGAUUGGACCAAAAGGAUCUGACUGUGGUAUAGUCAAUGUGAAUAUACCAACAAGUGGGGCUGAAAUUGGCGGUGCAUUUGGUGGAGAAAAACACACUGGAGGUGGAAGAGAAUCUGGAUCCGAUUCAUGGAAGCAAUACAUGAGGCGUUCCACUAUAACAAUCAAUUACAGUAAAGAGUUGCCCUUAGCUCAAGGAAUCAAAUUUGAAUGAGGCAUAAAAUAUAUUUUUUGAAGCAUAUCAUUUCCAUUUUAUACUCUUUCAUUAAAAAAAAUGUAAUACUAUAAAACAAAUUCUAAUAGAACAUUUUUAAAUUGAUCUAGUUAUUUGUAAUUUUCUAUCCAAGAAGUUUACUUUUUGUUACAUUUUUAAUAUUAGUGCCAAAGAAAAUUUAAAUACACAAUGGCACAUAAUCACAUUGUGCAGAUACAUUUGGCACAUAAUCACAUUGAGGGUGAAUGAAACAUAGAAACGUUACGGUCUAGCACUUCCUAAAAUUAUUCUUCUCAAAUUACAUCCCUGGCAGCAAAGAAUUGUUCUACUUCAGGUGUUUUGGGAAACAGUCAAAAGAUAUCACUCAAAACAAAAUGCUGAUGAGACAUUCAUCAAAAACUUUUAAUUAAUAAGACUCAUAAUGCAACAACAUCCAUAUAACAUAUCAAUAAAAUGCUAUAUGGAUCCAACGUCCAUAUAACAAAAAUUAUAAGUUGGAAAAACGAAAAGCACUGAUAGCAUAUUUGUCCGAGAAGCUUUUCGUAGCUUGCUCAACUCAAAACAGCAUUAACAUUUUAGGGAUGUACUCAACAGAAUAUUUUGACCUCCAAAGAAAUUAUUUUAUUGUGCAUAAAAAUGCUUCUUCCAUGAAUUCACAAUGUGUGCCAAAAAGUUUGUGUUUGAAUCCUUUAUUGUACAGUGUGACUAGAUUUUGAGAUAUAAAUAUAAAUGUAUUCCUUUUCCAACUCCAUUCAUCAAUGGUUCUUUUCCUAAAAUGGUGAUAUCAAGAAAACCAAAAGUCUCUGAUUCUGAACCAGAUGUAAAAGCGAUGACAUGCAGCACAUGUUCAUGACUGAAUUAAGAUCUGUACCAUGUAUUUUUAGAAAGCAUGCUUACUUAAGUUCCUCCACUAUCUCAUGUGACUGAUAGCUUGUUACGGUAACAAAGCUAAUUUCUGCCUCUUCAAUCUGUUACUUCCAAAGCAACAUAUUGUGCAAUUGCCAAGUUUUUCAAUAAUUCACAAUGGGCUCAUUCGAGUUGUCAGCAUCUGAUGAUAACUUCAUGUAGGAUGAACAUACUAAGGAAAUAAAUUUUAGUACAAGCAUGUCAAUGUAUUAAACUCUUAAAACACACCAUUUAAAAAAAUGUAAAGUUAAAUUUAUUGUAUAGUUCCCAAUACACUUGCUUACAACUUUGGUUUGAUGCCAAGGAAAGUAUUAUAGUAAUGGUGAUCAAGGAAGAUUCAUGUACUUAUGCUUGGUAUGCAAUUCCUCAAAUUUCAAAGCAAUGGUUGAAAUAAUGCCAAGAACUCAUUGAUGAUUAAGUUUCAUAUUUGAUUUUAUCCUAUACCAAUGUAUACACAAAGUAACAUAUUUUGUGUGGAAAAUGAAUUUCAUGAUUACGACGGAAAUACAUUUUUAGAAUCUCAUGAUACUGCAAAAGGAUUUUUUCAAAACCUCUUUCCAUUUGUUAGUCUGUAAACAAAGCUAGCACCUCAACUAUUUGCAGAUUUUUUUACGAAAUAAAUAUUCCCUGAUAAAUAUGGCCUUACUCAAAUCCCUGCAAUUUUGAAAAGAUUUCUUUGAAUUUUCAGGGUACUUCAUGUACUAUAAAUAUUUUCAAAAUUUUCUGAAAAAUGGUUCCAUAUUUUUUUCUUUAAAUUUCAAGUAUGAAAAGAGUAU